GAGAGACUCAGUAAUGUUCACCUGCUUAUGAAGGGGCGGGGGUAAAGCCAAGAGGGAGGAAAGGCCAUGAUAAAAGGAAGAGAUAUUUGCCAUACUCUUCCUCUCUCUUCCACCUCCAUCUACAGACAUCACCACCAAAUGAUUGAAGCCCUGAUCAAAGGGGAGAGCCUGGCUGAAGGGCAACCAGCCAGCCUAUGCAAAUGGUUAUGAGCCUUAGAGUUUCUGAGCUGCAAGUACUUCUGGGAUACGCGGGGAGGAACAAGCACGGACGCAAACACGAACUUCUCACAAAAGCACUGCACUUGUUAAAAGCCGGCUGCAGCCCUGCUGUCCAAAUGAAAAUUAAAGAACUCUAUAGGCGGAGGUUCCCUCAGAAAAUCAUGACACCUGCAGACUUGUCUCUCCCCAGCGUACACUCAACUUCCAUGCCAGCAACUUUGUCUCCAUCUACCAUUCCACAGCUCACUUAUGAUGGCCACCCUGCAACGUCACCAUUGCUUCCUGUUUCUCUUCUGGGACCUAAACAUGAACUGGAACUUCCCCACCUAACAUCCGCGCUCCACCCUGUCCAUCCAGACAUAAAGCUUCAGAAAUUACCUUUUUAUGACUUGCUGGAUGAACUGAUAAAACCAACUAGUCUAGCAUCAGAUAAUAGCCAGCGAUUUCGAGAAACCUGUUUUGCAUUUGCAUUGACACCGCAACAAGUGCAGCAAAUCAGCAGUUCAAUGGACAUUUCUGGGACCAAAUGUGACUUCACAGUACAGGUCCAGCUAAGGUUUUGUUUAUCAGAAACCAGUUGUCCACAAGAAGAUCACUUCCCACCCAAUCUGUGUGUGAAAGUAAAUGGGAAACCAUGUAGCCUUCCAGGCUAUCUUCCACCAAGCAAAAAUGGCGUUGAACCAAAGCGACCUAGCCGACCAAUCAAUAUUACCUCACUUGUCAGAUUGUCUACAACGGUACCAAACACCAUCGUCGUUUCAUGGACUGCAGAAAUUGGAAGAAUCAAAGAGAUUUGUAAUGCUGGCCUACCAGAGUGUAACACGUUGCAUGGGGGAGUGUUUCUUAACUCUGAAAAUGCAGAGAAUUAUUCUAUGGCAGUUUAUCUUGUAAAACAGCUGUCUUCUACACUGUUACUACAGAGGUUACGAGCAAAAGGAAUAAGGAAUCCUGAUCAUUCUAAAGCACUAAUAAAAGAGAAACUGACUGCAGACCCAGACAGUGAAAUAGCUACAACCAGUUUAAGAGUUUCUCUUCUGUGUCCACUUGGGAAAAUGCGGCUAACUAUCCCAUGUAGGGCCCUGACUUGUUCACAUCUGCAGUGUUUUGAUGCUACUCUGUACAUUCAGAUGAAUGAGAAGAAACCUACUUGGGUUUGUCCUGUUUGUGACAAGAAGGCUCCCUAUGAACACCUCAUUAUUGAUGGGUUGUUUAUGGAAAUCUUGAAGUACUGCACAGACUGUGAUGAAAUUCAGUUUAAGGAGGACGGGUCAUGGGCUCCCAUGAGAUCAAAAAAGGAGGUUCAAGAGGUAACUGCUUCUUAUAAUGGAGUUGACGGAUGCAUAAGUUCUUCUUUGGAUCAUCAAGUGUCUUCACACCAGCAAUCAAAUAAAAAUAAGAAAGUAGAAGUGAUUGAUCUAACCAUAGACAGCUCCUCAGAUGAAGAGGAGGAGGAACCGUCUGCCAAGAGGAGCUGUCCUUCCAUUUCUCCUGCAUCACCACUAAAUAAUAAGGGCAUUUUAAACCUACCCCAUCAAGCAUCUCCCGUUUCAAGAACCCCAAGCCUUCCUGCUGUUGACACAAGUUACAUGAAUACAUCACUUAUUCAGGACUACAGGCAUCCAUUCCACAUGACACCUAUGCCUUAUGAUUUACAAGGAUUAGAUUUCUUCCCUUUCCUAUCAGGAGACAAUCAGCAUUACAACACUUCCCUUCUCGCUGCUGCAGCAGCGGCAGUUUCUGCGUCAGAUGAUCCAGAACUCUUGCACCCUCGUUUUUUCCCAUACGCUUCAUCCCAGAUGUUUCUCGAUCAGUUGAAUGCAGGAGGAAGCAGUACUCUCCCAGCCACUAAUGGUAGCAAUAGUGGCAGUAACAGCAGUCUUGUGUCCUCCAACAGCUUGCGAGAGAAUCAUGGCCAUCCAGUUGCAAAUAGAAGCAGCACAGACACGGCAUCUAUCUUUGGCAUACCGGACAUUAUUUCAUUGGACUAAUUCUUGGACUAAAUGGACUUGUCAGAAAAAGAGAUCUUUGUGCUUGGUUUUAUCUUACUCUAUUUAGAAACGUAGACAAGGUCUCUUUUUUUCCUUUUUUAGGAAAAAAACUUAAGACAUGUACAGAGAACAAAACUAUAUUUUCAGUUUUACUUUUGUAUAUAAACCUAAGAUGGCCUGACUGGUAAAACAAAACAAAACAAAACAAAAAAAGAAAAGUACAAAGAAAAAAAAAGAAAGAAACUUCAGUUCAUUUUUCUGGAUGCUGAAGAUUUUACACAUAUGCAUUUGUCCUGUGAGUUACUUAUUUUAGUUUGGACACACAUGGCAUUAUUUUCUUCACAGUAAUGUUAAUGAAAAAGAAAAGGAAUUUCUACGUUGCAGGAGGUUUUUUCUUUUGGAAACACCAUUUACAAUUAAUGGUAGAACUGUAUUCCUCUUAACCCCUUUUCAGCACAGAUUUAUUACGCUUAAAGUGAUAUAUACCCUACUUGUACUAUUCCACCGCAUACCCUCUGUAGUGCAGGAUAUGGGAAUCUGUUUUAAAUGUCAUUUCUGAUUCUAUAUGACUAUAUAUUCAGUUGGCAUGUGGAGUUCCAGCUCUUUCAUCAAACAUGUUGCAAGCUCAUUAGUGUGUCUGUUACUCUUAUGGGCCGGACUUGAUACAAUCUCAAGCUGAGGUAUUGUUUUGAGAUAGGACAGUUUCAUAGAAUGUAGCCCCAUAUAAAAGUACUGACACACCUUCACUCUAGAUUUUUAUUUCUAACCUCCAGUAUUAAUCCUUUAAAUAAUUGCAGUCCCAAUCAACAAGGUACUUAAACGUGUAUUACAUUUUAAGGCGUGGAAUGACUUGUGCUUUAAAGUGAGCAGCGUGCUUAAGUAGCUUACUGAAUUGGGGUCAAAAUAGCUCUGUCAGUGAAUACCUACUUUUGGCCACAAUAGAUUAAAUUUCUGCUAAAAACAAACCUGUCAAACAAAGAGAAGGAAGUAUGGUUUAGAAUGCACUAUUGCAUGGUUUGUGCUGCUGUCAGUGGUAAUGAUGCAUCAUCUUCUGACUUCAGAUGCAUCAAAAUUAAGUUAAUAUUGAAUGUUAGACAUUAAGCUUAAAAAAACAAACAAACAAAAACAGCACCCAAACCAUAGCCCACUCACUUAACUGUAUCGGAAUGUCUGUCUGUAGAAAUCUGUUAGAGGUUACAAAUUGGAUUUUUCUCUUUUUGGCCUCCUAGUUAUUUUGAGUGAUUCCCUGUUUUUAAGUAUGCUUAUAUUGAACUGUGUGAGCCAUACGUGUUCUCCAAUUCCUAUUACUUUUUUUUUUUUUUUUUUAAAGAAUGCAUGACAUAGGAAAGUCUUUUUUAGAACUGAUGGAUCGUUUGGAUUGAUCCAUUCUUAGUAAAUAGAGAAACAUGUAAAUAGAUGGAAAGCAGUUUUUCAGGAGAUUCUUUAAAAUAAGAGUUGGGGGAUGGAGGAGGGAGGUGAUUCUAUUGUGUCCCAAAGUCCUCACCAGAGAGAGUGAAUAUGUUCUCUGGUGUGAAAAAUAUUUUUUUAGCUAGUUGAAAGUGCAGGUAACAAGCUUAUCAGGAAGGAUAGGAAGGAAUACCACAAUUAGCAGAUUCCUGUCUGAAUUUUUAUGUCCCAAACAGUUGAUAUCAGCUAGUUCGAGCAUUGACAAGGGCCACCUUUUGCAUAUAAAGUUGUCUCUUUAAACUUUGCAUUGAUUU